UUAUCACUCUUCCAUAUAAGUGCCGCAGAGAUAUAUUAGCAUUUCGUUCGCUACGGCGCAAACGAUUGGCAUGUUGGCUAGUUGGAUUUUUCAAUUCUUUGUCUGAUAGAAUAGGUACCUUAAUAAUUAAUAAUGAUCACAUACAUAACAUAAGGCCAACCUUUAAUUUUUGAACACGUUUGGUUUUUUGACAAAAGAGCCCAAAACUCUGUAGGUGUUUGGCAUAUCCAUUAAACAUGCGCAACUUUUUAUCAGCGAUUUAUUAUCAGUGCGGUUAUAUAACCGACCAGUACUCCUUCUCCCUCACACGCGCGUAUUGCGAGCGAGAUGCGUACGGGCUCGAGUGAGACGCAACAUGUUGCAUUAAAUUUCGAUCCUAUUCUGUAAUACGUUUUGUCCAAUCGCGUCGAAUCUUCCCGUGUUCCGGUUCUUUGUCAUCAAUGGGUCGCCGGGCGAGUCCAUUUCGAGUGCCUCUUAUAGUUCUUUUACGCGAUAUCUUAGUUGAAUGUGGAAAGAGGAAACGCUCCGGCGGCCUCCGCAAGUAAUAAACCGACCGCUCGAUAACGCAUUCGCGUCGGAAGCGAAGUAUUUAGCGCGAUAGUCUUUAGGCCCUUUCGGCAUUAAUGAGUCGUGCCCACUUCAGCUGACUGCGUCGUACGCGAAGCUACUCUACCUACUCCAGUAGUAGUUCGGCGAUUGAGCCAGGCGGUCGGGUUGUGCGCGCACCCGAGCAAAGCGGAUAUGUCGUUGAUGGUUAAAAUGUUUAUAGAACGUUUCCCAUAGGCGUGUCGGUAUUUCGUUGGUUACAGAGGCGUGAAGUCGUGAAGUGCUCUGCAGAGGCAGCGAAACGCCGAGCCGGCGAGCGACUGUAGCGAGUGCGGGACAAGGCCCGAGGCUCAAUAAUGCUCAAAUUUCUGACCCACAAGUUGCGAACGCAUUCGUUGAAUGAAGAGAACGUUUCCGAGAAGGUCGAGGAGCGGGACUCCGGCACCGAAUCGGAUGACGAGGCCGACCGCGGCGACACCGGUGAUUAUUGUACCGACGUCAUCAUGAAGUGGAACGAUGUGACAGAUAUCAGUAUGGGCGGAGAGGCAUGUGCGUGUGCGCCGACGCCUCGCGCGCUGCCAGACCCCGAGCCAGAUCAGCUCUACGAUCACCACUCUUCAGAAGAAGAGCUAGAGGUCAUAAACGGGGCGCCGUGCGGAGCCACGACGGAGUCGCGGCGGCGUGGCGCGUCCUCGCCGCCGCCCGCGGCGCCUGAGAAGCGCAAGUGGCCCGCGCAACCCUACGACGCGGACGAGCCUGCGCGCGCGCCCAGCUCCGACGACGACGACACAAAGGUGGAGACGCCGGUCAGGUUCCGCACGUCUCCGCCGCUGGAGGCGCUGAAGCCGCGGCGCACAGGCGCGGGCGCGGGAUGUGCGUGUGCGGCGCGCGCGCCCGGCUCGCCGCGGCGGCGCCGGGCCGCGCUGCCGCCGCCCCGCAGGCACCGUCCCGCGCUAGACUUUGAUAAGAUGCAGCAGCUUAAAGUGGCCGGCGUGCGCUCAUGGCGCGGCGUGGGCUCGCACGCGCAUGCUCACGCGCAUGGCGGCGAGCUUUCCGUCUUCUGCUGGUGAUAGCGCGCAGUGAGCCGUGCCCCCCGGCCGCCCCGCGGCGGCGGCGGCGGCGGUGGCCGCCCGGAGCCGCUGCCGGGCCCGCAGCCGGCCCUAGAUAUCCCAGCACCGUUCCAUAUCAUUGAUAACUGUACACGACAUUUUGAUCUUUUUAUUGCUGACGUUCCUUUUGCACUCAAUAAUGAUACAGUACAAAAUAACGAAAGACUUUAAUAUUGUAACGCUUGUAUGUACUAGACGGGCGGGGCGGAUCCGACGCGACGCGGGUGCGCUGGGCGAACCGUUUGCCAUUUUAUACCGCGCGCCGCUUGGUACGGCUGCAGUUCUUUUCUAUUUCUUUACAUAUACCUAAGACUCGUGUUUCACAUAGGUGAACAUACAACAAGUGUUACUUCGAAUCGUACGUUUCUACUACAUUACGUUUUUGGGGGUAGAGGUGUUUAGAUACGUGUCGUAACUGUUCGACAUGACUUACAAGUUGUGCCGUUAUUGAGUCUCGAAUAAUCCUAUUUCUCAAAGAGAAAUACGAUGCUUCCUGUGGCAUGCUUUGGUCGUGUAAAUACAAGUUGUUAGACUAUACGUGUUGGGGCAUUAACAUUUUAGUUGAUGAUAGUAAGAGUACCUACUUUGAUCCUAAUUUCGUGUAUUUAUGUAGAGUCAUGCGUCGCGUCGGAUCCGGUGGCGCCUCUUACAGAUAUAUCGUAUGUACGACCGUCACAUUAAGUAGUAUUUUUGAGAUAUAUACUGUUUUUGAACGUUGUGUUGACACUGUUACAAUGAUUUGAACGUUUGUAUUAGACGCGGUGACACUAUAAAAUAAUAUGUAGGUCACAGUCAUGUUGUCGUUGAGAUUCAAGAUGGCGAAGACGUCUCGAGAAUAUUUUUUUAUGUUUUGCUCAUUCAUGUUGUUUAAUUUAAAGUGUAAUAUUGAUAGCUUAUUAUUCAGUGAACUAUCGUGGAAGUGUGCAGCUAAUGAAAAACUAAUCUUGAAACGCGUUUAACCAUGUUUCAUCAACACACGGUAAUCUAUCGUGGCUUUUAGCAAAUCCUUCUAUCUCUUUACUAAAAACAACCACUGAACAACGUCAUGCUCUACGUCUACGAGCACACUUAAAACUUACGACGAAACUUGACAUUGGCAAAAUCAUCAUAGAUUUGAUGGAAGCCAUAUUUUAAAAGAAUAAGAAGGUCACAGUCAUAUCUGAUCAAUAUGCUGCUUACCUUAUACAUAGCUCGUAUUAUUUGUACCCGAAGUUACAUUAUGAGUAUUAGGAGACGGCUUAUUAAGUGAAGAUGUCAACCAUUAUUUCCUUAGUGACAUUAUAAAAUUCUCGUAUUAAAUCAGACUUUGCAGCAUCUUAAUUUAUAUCCUAUACGAUACGCUAUAUGUAGACGCGGAACAUAUCGGUAGGCUUAGCACAGGAGCGCCACGACAGUAUCCCGCCCGCGAGAUAUUUUCGCGGCGCUCCUGUGCUAAGCCUACAGUCGUUGUUAUGACUCUGUUGUAGACAGUAUCUCUAACUACUAACUCUAGUAUAUCUAUCGUGUAUUCAAACUUGUUUACGUGCAUUGCACAAUUAAUGAAUUUGUACUUUUGAGUAGGGCCAUAUUACAAUAAUAUAGCUUCUGUGCUUACAUAUGAUCUUAUAAUGCCACCGAAUAGACUGGAUCUUCCGCGCGAGACUAUUACAAAGAUUUAUUUAAUUUUUAAUUUAGCGAUGCCAUUGCUAGCUACAUCCAAAAAAUAUUUUUGUUACGAGUUGUGAUAGAAUGGUAUCUCGGGACUGAAGAGUCUGUCAGUUAAACUACGGCUGUUCCUCUGAUUUACAAGACAGACCAUACCUGAAGUUAUCACGGUAAUAAAGUACAUUUUAUUGUUUAAAUUAGAUGGACAGCCGUUUUUUUAAUUAAGGACCCUUAAAUUUUUAAUGAUUUGAUCUCGAGCCACGGCCUAAUCUUCGCUCGCAGCGGAUAUCUUUUCUGCUUGACGCGGGUGACGCGCGUGGCUCCUACAUAGAUUUUAUAAUAUUUUAAUCAAAAUAAAAUGUCAAUUGUAUGGGAGGACGAGUUUGCGCCAAAUCGUUUAGGGCCAUUUUCAGAACCUAAUUAAAUAAAUGACUGGGCUCUUAUAAAAUAUUGUUCAAUAGGUACUUAUCUAUCACGUAAACGGAACUUAAUCACGUAAUAAUAAAUUUAUUAAUAUUUUCAACGAACAACCCUAGCGCGAAAGAAAAUCAUCAAGACCAAUUAGACCGGAAAUCCGUACAGUAGUAGAAAGUGGUUGGAACAACCCGCGCAGCUAGAACAUGCUGAUAGUACCGACAUAAUCUAGCUGCAACUUGGUACAAUUCGCAAGUUCGCCUGCGACCAAGAGCGCAAUUUCAAGCUCUGGAAAAAGUAAGUACCUACGCGCGAUUAUGUUCCGUUAAAAAGUACGAAAAUCGUUACAGGUUAUAGUAUACAUUUUCAGGUACUUGACAUUUAUCAGUUAACCAAGCAAAUUGAAAACUGCCUGGAUCUAUUCCUAAUCGUUCUGGUAUGAACCGAUUUCGUUUAAUCGUGUAAUGUUUUCAUCUACCCUCACAUGGCUAAAUAUUCCGUCUCGUUUUAGGUUCUUUACUAGGGCGAAGUAAUAGCAAAUAUUACAAAACUAAAUUACUAUUGAUUAAUCAAAUCAUCCCGAUAUAUUCCUAUAACCAAAUAGCACGAUUAUACAUAUAACAGCUUUGUUGUUACGUUGAGUAAGUAAUAUAUCGUAGUAAAACUUCUGUAAGUUUUGACACAUGGAGUUAAAUUGACAUUAAGAGUAUUCUUGCUCCAUCAAAUACCUUAUUUUGUUAAAUACCUAAAGAAAUAGACUAUAUCAAAAAUUGGAGUGCUUACCUAUAGCAACGGGGCAGUAUGAGCCAGGCGCAAGCUCGUCGUACAAGUUAUGUCGGUUGUAUUGUAUUCUAGUUGUAUAUUAUAGUAGUUUUAUUUAGCAGGGCUAAACUUUUCGUUACUCGUUGUGUUGAACGGGAUUAAAAUGGUGCAAGUGGAUUCAGUGAACUUAACGAUAAAGACAAUUUAACAAAUUAAUACCUACGAUUAAAAUAAAGUACUAAGACUUUUUUAAAAUCGCUUGGAAGAAGAUUGUAUGUAUAGAUGUAAGGUAGAAUAAGCAUACAUAGAUGUAGUAGGUAUAACAAAUUUUAAGGCAGAAGCCAGCUCUUGAAUUUAACUUUUUGUGUUGUUUAAUCGCGCAUUACUGACAAUAUUUGUUACGAUGCCUCUUUCGUUCGGAAUGGUGCUUCCACGGAGGCGUGAGCCAGUGCCGCAUGCGACAUUUAUAAGUUUUUUGUGUUGUUUUUUUAGUCCAUCGCAAUUUAUGAUUGACUCUAGCAUCUCCUACAGGUAGACUUCGACUUGAUAAAAUGACACAUAUGUGAUGUGCGUACCACAUACUUCAAAUUUUAUAUUAAAGGAAAAAUUGAAAAAAACCUAUUACCUAUUUUAAAAUAACCAUAUAGUAACCACGUCACUAUGAUUAGUUUGUCGCGGUAAUUAUUAAUUUUGAUUGUCGAGACUUGUAAUUACUUUUGUUAUGAAAAAUAAACAAACAGAAAUUACAAAUCUCGUAACUAUGUUUACGAAGUAUCUCAAGCUAGUACACUUGCUGCCAAGCUUUACCUAAUGGGAAUUUUAAUGUUCCACUGAUGCUCGGCGCUCGAUUUUAGCUUUAGAUACCUUCUAAGCUGUCAUUAUAUUAUAUAUGAAUAGAUAUAAUAACGCCUGCGGCAUUGCCACCGUUGUAGCACCAUGUUGUGCCGCAUGAGCCUUAGCGCAGAAGCCCUACCGUGGGCCCUUUUAGUUAUGUCAUUUAAUUCAAGAAUUUAAAGGCGUCUGGUCGUGAACUUAGUGUAACGUACAUAAGUUAUCCGUGAUGACAAUUUUGCUGCAAGUGGUUUCAAACAUCAACCUACACACUUGUCUUUAAAAUAUGUGGGAAACAAAUGUCGAGAAUACUUUGUCAACUUUUUUUUAAAUUAUCUGUACACCCUUAACGCCUUCAAAAUGCAAUGAUGUAGAUGCAUAGGGUACGGUACGUGGGACGAGAGAAAUAAAAUUUUCCCCUGAUAUCAUGCCAUUUUUAGAGAAAUAGGGGAACAUUUAGCUAUAGGUCUGCGGUGAUGUUACAUCCGGAUGGCUUUGUGUCGAAAGUUCAGUUUCCGGUAUUAAUCAAUCAGUCAUGAAGAACUGCGGUGGCAGCAUGGUUCCAUUUUUAUCACUUGUCACUAUGCCCGUCACUUUCGCACUUACUUACUUGUUAGAACGUGACAGGCAGGUGGAUUUUAUGAUACGGUGUACGAUGUGUUAAUUAACAUAACAUUUGUACCCAUUCCGAGACUGUCAUUAAUAUCGGAAACCUUGUUUGUACCAAUCAUGUGAUGAGUAAAGUAGAUUUUGUAUGGAUAUUGAUGGACUGUGUAUUUUUUGUUCAAGUUCAUUUAAAAUAAUUAUAAUUAUCGUUGCCUGAUAACUCUAAAAAUGUCCCAGAGUAACCACCUGUUCUAGUUUUUCAGAUGUUAUAGUGCAAAAUAAAGGUGUAUUACCAUUUGUCCCUACCGGCCACAGAUAAUGAAUCAUUCCCAUCUGUCGCCGCCUCAUGUAUGGCGGCAGGAACAAAUGGGAAUACACUAAAACAACCAGUACUUAGUUUAUAUAAUUAUUCAGUACUUAUUUACUUACCCCUAAUUAUCAAUCUGCUGAUAAAUUACUUACUGUAUAAUUUUGCUACGAAGUGCUACGCCGUAGACAGUAUUUGUCGGUAUAUAGCGAAGACUGUUUGGUAGAGCUAAUCAAUUUACGGGUGGACACCCUGGGCUUCACUCAUAUUGAAAAAGAAUUUAAAACCUCUGUAAUAAAAAUAAUAUCAGGUACCGGUACAUAUCUACUAUGGUUUUCUUAAUUUUGAACCUUAAGUUUAUAACAAUAAAGGUUUUCAUAGAGGAAGGUUCAUGUUUUCAAGCUUGGUCUACCGGGCAGUCCGUGGGGCCCGCGGAGCAAUCAGUGAUAUUUUACAAUAAAUUAUUUUGUUUUUAUAUAUUGAAUUAACAAGCGUAAUAAAGAGUGAGCAAUGGCACAUCUUAA